AUGCUGAGGAGAUUGAACAUGAAAUUGGACCAAGAAGAUUAUGUGUACGAGUUGAGAAAUAGAAUUCAACGAGUGAGCAAAUUCAGGCAAGUCAAAUUUUCUAAUCUCAAUGCAAAUUCACAAGCUUUUCCUAUUCUGAUCCCAGAAGGUACAGAAAACAGAACACAACGCGAAAAUAACUAUUCUUACAGCAUACAAGGGCAUGCAUCCACGGCCAACCCGAGUUACGGCUCAGUAUAUCACAGAUUACCUAAACUCGAGCUUCCUAAGUUUGACGGUGAUAUUUUAGAAUGGCAGUCCUUUUGGGACUCUUACGAAUGUGCAAUUCACAAUAAUGCAUCGCUGAGCGGAGUACAGAAGUUUACUUACCUGAAGACUUCUCUUAGAAAUGAGGCAUUACAGAUGAUAGCUGGUUUCUCGCUCACUAAUUCUAAAUACGAGAAAGCUAUUUCCCUACUUCAUAAACGUUAUGGACAGAAAGAUAUUAUCAUACAAUCAUACAUGACGGCUUUACUAGAAGUCCCCGCACCUACGCACACAGUUGCGAGUUUACGCAGAUUCUACGACACAACAGAAACCUACAUCAGAGCGCUAGAAUCGUUAAACCAAUCAGAAUCCACGUAUGGUUCCCUGCUUACUCCAGUGAUGUUGCAGAAACUACCUUCCGACGUCAGACAGAAUAUGACACGUGCGCACGGGUCACAGUCGUGGCGCUUACCCGAACUUUUGAGUAGUUUACUAUCCGAGAUUACUAUUCUGGAUGCCGGAGCCCCGUACGUAAAACAAUAUGACGUCCUAGCCACGACCUCCACAUUUCUCACGAAGUCCGAUUCCCACAAAACGGAGGAAAGCAAUUCCACUACACAGCGAAAACCAAAGAGUUAUAUAGAUAAGAAAUGUGUAUAUUGUAAAGGACAUCAUUCAAGCUUAGAAUGCAAAAAAGUUACAGAUUAUAAAGAGAGAAUGGACAUAGUGAAAAAGAAUAAGUUGUGUUUUAACUGCCUCGGUGCUCAUAAACUGUCAGACUGCAGAUCCAGAUUCAAAUGUAAGAAGUGCUCAAAACGACACCAUACAAGUAUUUGUACCGGAAGUGAGUCUACAUCGACUGAAACACCUACCAACCAACAAUGCAACGUAAAGGAAACUGAUUCAGCAGUUUUGCACUCUACGCAGACGAUUUCUACUGGACCAGUUUUGUUGAAAACAGCCGUUUCGGCAGUGAAGUCUACCAGCAUAUCAUUUCCCGCCAAUAUACUCUUCGACGAAGGUUCCCAUAGUUCUUUUAUUACGGAAAGCAUGGCUAGAAAGCUUGAAAUAAAACCGACUGGACAAGAAACAUUAUCACUCUCAGGAUUUGGCGACAAAGAACGACGACUACGUCAUCUUGAUACAGCAGUUAUCUAUUUAGAGUCGACCCAUGAAGAUAUACCAGUUAAAGUGUUAAUCGUGCCCGAGAUUUCCGUGCCGUUAGCAACGUACACAAACCAAGUUAGAGAACUGUCAUAUUUAAAGGGACUAAAACUAGCACAUCCGGUGCAUACAAGUGAUGACUUUAACAUAGAGAUUUUAGUUGGUGCAGAUUUUUAUUGGACUAUAGUGCAAGACGAGGUUAUUCGUGGCAACGGACCUACAGCCAUACAGUCAAAACUCGGCUAUCUUUUGUCAGGACCUCUCAAUGUUCCCACAUUUAGAAACAUUACGCCGACACCCGUAUCCAUGAUGAAUAUGUUCACGCUGCAUAGCAAAGAAGAGGUUGACUUAGAAAAGUUUUGGAAAAUCGAAUCCAUGGGAGUCGAACCAGUAACCAAGAAACAGGAAUAUGAACAGUACUUGACACAUUACCAAGAUACGUGCAUUACCUACAACGACGGUAAAUACAUAGCAAAGUUACCUUGGAGGGAAGAACACGAUACAUUACCGACCAAUGAAUUGAUCAGCCGGCGCAGAACUGAAAAUGUAAUCAACCGAUUGAGGAAAGAACCUAAACUACUACACACGUAUGGGGAGAUAAUCAGAGAGCAAGAACAACGAGGAUUUAUAGAAGAGGUACCAGCCGACCAGAUAUGCACGACAAGAAAGUUACAUUACAUUCCUCACCACCAUGUAAAAAAGGACUCAGCAACAACUCCGAUUCGCAUCGUCUAUGAUUGUAGCUGCAGAUCCGGACGUGAAUUUCCGAGCCUGAACGACUGUUUGAUGAACACCCCUCCUCACCUCACUGAUCUUACUACAAUUUUAAUUAGAUUCAGAUACAACAAAUACGCCAUUUGCACAGACAUAGAGAAAGCGUUUUUGAAUGUUGGACUACACGCAGACGACCGUGACGUCACAAGAUUUUACUGGUUGACAGACCCAGACGAUCCAGCCAGCACUCUAAAGACAUAUAGAUUCAAGUCCGUUCUUUUCGGAGCAACUUGCUCUCCAUUUAUACUGAAUGCGACGAUUCUAAAGCACCUAGAGAGACACCAAUGCGAACUUACUGAUAUACGAUCCGCUUGGAUUAUUGAACCCCGUCACAGUGAGAAGUAA